GCACGCACACACGCGCGGACAUACACUCACAGACACGCACACACACACACGCACAAAGCUCGCUCGCCUCGAGCGCACUAACGUGGCCGUUUUCUUUGUGUGGAGCCCUCGAGGGGGGUUGGGGCCCGGGUCCGGUCCGGGGGAGAUGGCGCAGCCCAUCCUGGGCCAUGGGAGCCUGCAGCCCGCCUCGGCCACUGGCCUGGCGUCCCUGGAGCUCGACUCGUCGCUGGACCAGUACGUGCAAAUUCGCAUCUUCAAAAUCAUCGUGAUUGGGGACUCCAACGUGGGCAAGACCUGCCUGACCUUCCGUUUCUGCGGGGGGACCUUCCCAGACAAGACUGAGGCCACCAUUGGCGUGGACUUCAGGGAGAAGACAGUGGAAAUCGAGGGCGAGAAGAUCAAGGUUCAGGUGUGGGACACAGCAGGUCAGGAACGCUUCCGCAAAAGCAUGGUCGAGCAUUACUACCGCAAUGUGCAUGCAGUGGUCUUCGUCUAUGACGUCACCAAGAUGACAUCCUUCACCAACCUCAAGAUGUGGAUCCAAGAAUGCAAUGGGCAUGCUGUGCCCCCACUAGUCCCCAAAGUGCUUGUGGGCAACAAGUGUGACUUGAGGGAACAGAUCCAGGUGCCCUCCAACUUAGCCCUGAAAUUUGCCGAUGCCCACAACAUGCUCUUGUUUGAGACUUCGGCCAAGGACCCCAAAGAGAGCCAGAACGUGGAGUCAAUUUUCAUGUGCCUGGCUUGCCGAUUAAAGGCUCAGAAAUCCCUGCUCUAUCGUGAUGCUGAGAGGCAGCAGGGGAAGGUGCAGAAACUGGAGUUCCCACAGGAAGCUAACAGUAAGACUUCCUGUCCCUGUUGAAACCAAAUGGUGUAAAUACAAGAUCCAUUAUUACUGGAGUUUUUUCUUUCCCUUUUUUUCCGUGCCCGCCUAACGCUGACACCUGCUUGUUUCCAUACAAAUUGAUAUUAAAAUAAAAUUUGUAUAGAUUAUCACAUGCCUUCAUGUCUUGCUUUCCUCCAGGAAGACAUUUCUGACUGUGCUGAGUAGAAGAGCAGCCCGCCCUCCUAGAGCGGUACACUUGGCCAAGGCACACUCCCUACCAGCCUUCUAUGCCACCUGAAUCAUUUGAGUCACUUCUUCAGGACUAAUUCGCUCUGUCACUCAGUGUUAUCAGUGGGCAAAAACACCCAGAGGGGGUGGGAUACAGGCCAGAUAUGUUUUUCUAUGGUGCCCAUGGAAGUGGAGGAUAGAGAAGUCUUGAAAGGAGAUGUUGACUCAUAAAUAUUUCCUAGGUUGCCUGGAUGUCAAGAGUAGGUGGCUCUCUCCUUAUCUCCCAAAGCUUAAAAAUAAAAAGUAUAGAUUUCCCAAGGGGCUCAGUUGCUUCCAAAGUAGUUAAAUCCUGCUUCCCAUAUUUUACCACACAGUCUCUGACACCCGGAGUGGUAUUUCUUGAAGAGGGCAGGGCUCAAGCCAACAAUCUGUUAUGUCCCCAGAUCCGUGCUGGGUGCUAUGGAGGAAACAGCAAGAAAAGGAUUUGUCCCCUAUGUUCAAAAACCCUCUGAUCUUGUGGGAAAAGACACGAACUACUUGUGAACAAAAAUUAGACAAUGACCUCACCAAAUUCAAGUCUGUGCUCUGGGAAUUGAGAGCGUUAUGUACUCAACAUUAGGAAGGAGUCACUGAAAAAUAACUGACCUUAUUUUGUAUAUUGAGUAAAAUGUUACAUUUGGAUUGGUAAAGAGGAGGGGACUGGGACAAAGUGGCUUUGGGGGUUGAGUGAAAGAACAAGAGCUGAGCAGCCGUAGUGGGGAGCUAAGGAUGAGGAAGCCUACACAAGAUGCAGGACAGUUUGUUGCUCUUUGAGUCACUGGGAGUUUUUGGUGGCUUUCCAGCAGGAGUCCUGUAGGUUAUUUCGAAAAUGUCUGGUCCUAUGGAUGUGAAAGCCCCUUGUCCAAUUGUUAAAGCAACUAAGAGUGGCUAUGAAGGCAUAGCUACCAUAGCCCCAGGUAGACUUCGCUGUUUCAGGGGUGCUCCGUAAGGCUCCUCUCUUGUCAGAAGCCCACAGAAAGAGGGUCCCAGGCUGACAGCCCCCAAGCACUUUCCUCUGGUAGGUGAAUUCAGAUCUGUCUCCCGUCCUCCUCCCCGUCAGCCCAGUGAAAGUUCAUACAUACCAGAUGCGCUUCCCACCCAAACAAGUAGCCUGCCUGGUCUUGCCUAGUUGUCCCUACAAUGCUCUUCCUCCAGAGGUGGCUAACUCCCCACCCCAUCUCCAUCCCAGUCCCCACCUGGCCUCAGGCUAAGCCCCCAGUCUGGUUUUCAUCACUUGGCUUCUGCCUGGAUCCAUCUUUGGAGCCUGCCUUGUACCCUGGUUAGGGCUGUGUUUUCUUACUAGUUGUCCCUACCCAAUGCCCUACCCUGAAAUCUCACCCAACGGGCUGGGAUCCUGUUGUCUGUUGGUGAACUGCCUGCCGAAAACCCUGUUGCUAUGCUUCUCCCCAACAGAACCUUGGGUCUUGUCUCAGACUUCAGAUACUGGCUCCUUACCCAGGACCGCUCUUGUGGUGUCUUUUUGGCUCCUGACUUGGCUGCAGGGCCGGGCCAUCUUUCAGUGGCCGCAGGUACACCUGUCCAUUCUAGUGGGUUGACAUUUCAGUCCGGGUCCUGACCUGUGUUGGUCAAGGACCUUCUUUGCUGUAACAGGGACAAAUAACAUUCCGAGUCCUCUAACCAGGAUUGCCUCUUCUAGACCUGAAUUGCCUCUGACACCUUUUAGGCAUUCAACAAACAUGUAUUGAGCAUCUACUAUAAGCCAGUGUGCUAAGCCCUUGGGAUAUGUAGAUGAACAAUAUAAAAUCCUGCUCUCAUAAAGGAGGUAGAUACUAAAAAAGAAAUGAGAUCCACAAUGAGAGAAUUUGAGAGUAAUAAGGAGUCUGAGGGCCAUAAAAUAGGGUAAAUGGAAAGGAAGUGAGGAAGUGGGUGGGAGGGCAAUGUAUUAGACAAAGUGAACACAAAAGAUACCUUUGAAGUGAUAAUGUUUGAGCUGAGACCCAAAUGAAGAAAAGCAACCAGGAAUGAGGUCAGAAAGAGAACCCUAAGCGGAGGAAAGAGCAAAUGCCAAGGCCCUGAGGCAGAAGUGAGGUUGGCAUGUUUGAGGAACAGCAAAGAGUCUAGUGUGAGCAAGGGGGGAAAUAUGGGAGGAGAGGUUGAGAAGUAGGUAAGGCCGGAUCUAUUGGCUGGGAUUUUAUUUAAGUGCAGUGGGAAGCCAGUGGAAAGUUUUAGCAUAAUCUAGACCCAAUAACCUUUGCAAAGAUUCAGCAGGCUUGCUGACCAGCAAGAAAGAGGGAAAAGGCUCUACUUUUCUGGGCUCCUCUGAGAGGAAUAGACACCCUUCGUCUGUAACUCCUGACUGUGCACCUCAGGGCUGUCGUUUCCAUGCUGGCUGGCCCCCAUCUUAAAAAACCAGACUCUGAACUUUCCCGAGACUAUCAUCUUUUGGUCCUGCCAAGGCUCUGGUAAUUUUGCUGUGACUAGGAGGCACUCACCGAUCCUACCUGGCUCUGUCCUCUGAGCCUCACCUACGUGAUCCUGCCCUUUCCUGCAGUAAUGACUGUGCUCUCCCCCAGGUACCUGGGAACAGAGAAUCCUGAGAAUCUCUAGGCUUCACCCAGUCUCUUAGCCCUAGAAUUUUCUGCUGGCAUCAGCAGGGUGCACAAUGGUGCUCAGGCCUCCAUCAGAUUGAGCAAAAGGAUUUGGGAAUGGGCUGUUCCCAGAAUGCAACCAGAGGGAGGGGACUCAGGAGGCCAGAGAACCAUGACACCCUUGUUGUCGUGAGGGUGAUGAGAAGCAGAAAAAAUCAAGUGAAGUGAGGUACUUCCAGGCCUCGCAUUCAGCCUCAUUAUGUCUCUGGAAUGAUCCAUGACGGCCAGGAUGUCUCCUGUACAGCUCUUCUUUACUUUUCGGAGCUAUGCCCUUGAGUCUUCACCUGUGUAACAGAGACAGGACCCAGAGUAAUAACGACCAACAUUUGAAUGCCUAUUGUAUGCUGGGCCCUGUGCUAAAACACUACGUUCCUUCACUAGCUCAUUUAAUG